AUGCGUCAAAAUCUUGAUUCUCUAAUCUUGAGAGGCGGCCGUCUACUCCAACAAUUUGUUGUCGAUAACUGUGUAAAAAUGCAAGCCAAUAAUUUGAGGUGGAUUGCACUCAACCAAGAUAAGAUACGUGCUGAUUUAUACAAGGGUUUAGAGGAUUCUUUACAUGCUGGAGAGCAUAACACAGAAAAUGUUGGACGACGGACCAUACUACCAUCUUCAUUUGUAGGAAGUCCAAGAGAUAUGCACCAGAGGUAUCAAGAUGCCAUGGCAUUGGUUCAUAAGUUCGGCAAGCCCGAUUUAUUUCUUACAAUGACAUGCAAUCCGUCUUGGCCAGAGAUACAAUCAGAAUUGUUGGCCGGACAAGUACCAAACGAUCGUCCAGACCUGUUGACACGGGUUUUUCAUGCUAAACUUGAAGAGUUGAAAAAGGAUGUUUUAGAAAGGGGCAUCGUCGGAACGGUUGUUGCUUAUGUAUAUGUGAUUGAAUUCCAAAAGAGGGGUCUUCCACAUGUUCAUAUGUUAUUGACUAGUCUUAUAUGCACGCGAUGCGUGUGA